UAAUUGGAGUAUUAAACGCUGGUCUGACCUCCGCCUCAGAAAAAGAAAAAGGGAAAAUAAAAGAAGAAAAUCCAGAAAGAAGGAAUCAAGCAACAAUGGCAACAAGUCUACCAGCUUCAAGUCUCCAGCUCCCAAAACCUGACCCCACAUUCCCAUCCCAAGCCCGGGCGCACCAGCAGGCUGUGAAAUUCCGCGCGGCCCCAGAAGAGCAGGAGGAAAGCUUCGAGGAGCGGCUGUCCCAAGUGCGGCUCCGGUACCGCAGCGGAUCGGGGAAGAAAGCGGAGGUGCGGAAGAGCCGGAAGGGGAAGAAAAGCGGGUCGGGUGCUAGCGUGUUCCUGCCGCCCGUGGCGCUGAAAGAGCCCAAAUCGGAAGGGCUGAAUGUGGAAUUCGGGUUCAGCCCGUAUUCGGAGCGGGUGAACGGGCGGAUUGCGAUUCUGGGAUUGAGCGCUCUGUUUCUGGUGGAGCUGGCCACGGGUCAGGGCGUCAUUAACUAUCACACUCCUUCCAUUGUCUUCCUUCAGAUUUACUUCGUCGCCGCGCUUUCCGCCAUUUAUCUCAAAUUUCAGAAAGAGAGCAUCAGUGUUUGGCCCAAAUGAACAAUUCUAUUCACUCUCUUUUUUCCUUGUAACUACCACUAUUUCUCAUUCUGAUUUUGUGCUGUGAAAAUUUAUGAAUGAACAGAAUUUGUGAUCAUACUCCUCUUAUAAAUUUGCACAAUUUGAACUCUUCAUCUUAA